AUCUUAUCAGGUGUAGGAAGGAUUUAUUCUAUUUUUUGGGAAAUAAAAUCUAAUACGACUGUUGAGUAGUAUUAUUUAAAGGUUUGCGUGGCAACGUAAUAAUGGCAAGAAGAAGAGGAAGAAAGGUGUCACUACCUCAAAGGAUUACAGCAUACAAGAGGAAAGGAAUCUUGAAAAUGGAAGGCUCAUUAUGCUUUGAUCAAAAUUAAAAUUUCUAUUCCAAAAUUUAAUCUUUCUAAUUAAAGUAUAUCACAGGGAAGAAAAUCAUCAAAAAGAGAUUAAAAGCCGUGCCAAGAAUCAAGACGAAAAUCAUGUCUUCCCCAAGCAAACGCAGGGAGAUGGACUUGAUGAAACUGAUGAUGAGUGAUUACAAGGUGGAUAUCAUCAAUGAUGGCAUGCAAGAAUUCUAUGUCCAUUUCCAUGGACCUAAUGACAGUCCUUAUCAUGGUGGGGCGUGGAAAAUCAGAGUGGAGCUUCCAGAUUCUUACCCUUACAAAUCUCCAUCCAUAGGAUUUAUUAAUAAGAUCUACCACCCAAAUGUUGAUGAGAUGUCUGGCUCAGUUUGUUUAGAUGUAAUUAAUCAGACAUGGAGCCCGAUGUUUGAUCUGGUAAAUGUAUUCGAAGUAUUUCUCCCACAGCUUCUUCUAUAUCCGAACCCAUCAGACCCUUUGAAUGGGGAGGCAGCUGCUUUGAUGAUGCGUGAUCAAACUGCUUACGAACAAAGAGUUAAAGAAUAUUGUCAGAAAUAUGCCAAGCCAGAAGAUGUGGGAGCAGUUCCCGAGGAGAAAUCAAGUGAUGAGGAGCUAAGCGAAGAUGAAUACGACUCUAGUGAUGACGCGGUGGCAGGCCCAGUGGAUCCUUAGCCCCUCCUAGUCCUAGUGGUUACUUGUACCUCUACAUGAUUCUCUGGUUCCUGCAUAAUUGAACCUGAACCUAUUCAUUGGGAAGGGAUGCAAAAGAAGAAAUCCCAGCCCUUAACAUUAAUUCUCUCGUGUAAAUAUAUCCGGUGCUAAUACAUUGCUUUUCUAUUUCUGUUUAUA